AUGUUUUCCCAAGGUAUGAGCUGGGCGCUGUCGUGGUCUUUACGCGGGAGCUGGCGGGCACUGUGCGCAGCGCCGCCGUCAACCGGCGUGGACCUGCAAGCGCUGGACGGUCUGAGAGUCCUCGGGUUGCUCUGCUUCGUCAUCGAGCACGUGUGCUGGCUGAAUACGCUGACCUACAUCGUAAAUACGCGGCACGUGGAGAAGAUGCGUUCGGAAACAGACGUGAUGCUGGUGUCGAACAGCACGCUGAUGGUGCAGGCGUUCUUCCUGAUGUCGGCCUUCCUGCUGGCCAACAAGCUGCUGCAGCAGCGCCGCCGCCAGCAGCGCCUGGCCGUCUGCUCCACCAUCCUCGACACCAUGCUCAACAGGAUCGUCAGGAUGAGCCCGACGUACUUCAUGGUGGUGUGGUUCGCGUCGAGCUGGUGGGUGCGCGGCGGCGCCGGCCCGCUGUGGGCGCCGCUGGUGGCAGGCGAGGCCGCCGUGUGCCGCCGCAAGUGGUGGACGCACCUGCUGUACCUCAACAACCUGCUGCUGGCCGACGACAAGUGCCUCAUCCAGACGUGGUACCUGGCCGCAGACAUGCAGCUGUACCUAUGCGCGCUGCUGCUGACGCUAGCGCUGUGGCGGCUGCGGCGCGCGGCGCUGCUGGUGCUGGGCGCCUUGCUGGUGGCGGUGGUACUGGCUGCGGGCGCCGCCGCCUACGCCUGGCAUCUCGUGCCCACCUUCGUGCUGCACAGGCCUGAGGCCGUACGCGCUCUCUACAGCGGGGACUUGUCCUUCAACCUGCUCUACCAGUCGCCGCUGGGCAACGCGCCCGGCGCGCUGGUGGGGCUGCUGCUGGCGCACCUGCACCACGCGCUGCUGGACGCCAACGUGCGCCUCAGUGACUACAGGUGGUUCCGCUGGGCGGCGUGGUGGGCGCCGUGGCUGGCGCUGUGGUGGGUGGCGCUGUCGCCCAAGCUGCUGGGCGCCGGGCCGCCCGCGCGCGCCGCCGCCGCCGCGUUAGCUGCGGGCGAGCGCGCCGUCUUUGCGAUCUUCGUGGCCACCGCGCUUUUGGGCGCCAUGCAUGGUGUCAAAUCUCCGGUGCGCACGGUGCUGUCGUGGCGCGGCUGGGCGGUGCUGGCGCGGCUGUCGUUCGGCGCGCUGCUGCUGCACAUGAUCAUCAACAAGUCGCUGCUGGCCGCGCAACUGGCGCCCACGCACCUCGACCGCACCACCGCGAUCCUGCAAUGGUUCGGCGUGGCCGCAGCGUCUUACAUGGCGGCACUGCCCCUGGCGCUGCUGGUGGAGAUCCCUGUGCAGCGCCUGUACAAGGAGCUCCGCGCUCCCCGCACCCCGCCAGAACCCGAGCGCGUGCCCAAGCCGGAGAAGACCAGAGUCGCGAGCUGAACACGCCCUAGCCUACUGAACUUGAUUGGUGAUAUUAUAGCUCAAACUAAAGUUAGUGUAUGAGCGGAAAAAUGGGGGGUUAGCUAUAAAUU